UCUGCAAUCUUCACCAUUAUCUUUUAUUCUCUGAAAAUUUCGUUUUCUUCGUGGGUCAGUCACAAAGGCCAUGUCUGUUGCCAAGGUGCAAGAAUCAAAGAAGGAUAAGAAGGUGAAAGGGGCUGUUGCCGAGGUGCUUUCGUGGCGGCAGAAGAAGGCGACCGCUGACGAAGAAGAAGAAGCGAUAGCGAAAGAUGUGGAAGAUCUUAUAACAUGGACUAGCCUGAUAGAAGCCAUGGACGAGCAACAACUAAAGGAUUAUGUAUUGAACAGACCUGAAAACAUGCAGAGUGUGAAAACGGGAAAGGGCGCACCUGGCAAAAGGGUACAAAGGAGUGGGAAACCCAAGUGUUCAUCUGCUUCCCAUGGGCUAAUGGCUACCAUUUGGAAGUUCCAUAGAGAAGAUGAUUGAUGAAGCUGUCCCAAGUAGUAAUCCUUCAUGAAAUUUUAUGAACAUGGAAG